AUGGGACACCGGCUGAAGCGCCCUCUGAACGUCGCCGAACGCUACAUCCUGUACGGACUGGUCGGCUUCGCCUGCGAAGUACGCGAGCCUUCCUGAUUGUGUGAAUGAAAGCAAAAGGUGUGCUUCACGGCGACGUUCGAGGUGGCCAUCGCCGGAAACCGCAAACUCAUCGGCGUCACCUCCGUCUACGUCUUCUUCGUCUACGCCACCGCCAUCCUCGUCAUCGAGCGCAUCUAUCUCCGAAUUUCGGUUGGUACUCAUUUUUCCCUCGUACCUAGGGGAGUGGUCCUUGAUAAGGAGGACUCCUUAUAGGGACAAGUUUACGGGGCCCCCUCUAGGGACCGCUUGACCUCCUCCUAGGAGCCAACUUGUCACAAAAUAUAGAACGGAAUAUAAACUUUUUUGAGAAUUUGUAGAAGAUCCUUCCCUACCUGCCCCUGCGUGCUUUGAUCUACACGCUCGUCUGCUACUUCUGGGAGUUCAGCAGCGGCUUCAUGCUCAAACGCGUCGACGCUUGUCCUUGGGACUACUCCAGGUUCCAUUUCAGUUUAUAGGAAUUUAGUGAAAUCUGAAUAUAAAUUUAAAAAAUUGCGUACAAAUGAUUAUUUAUUUUAAAAAAAGCAGUUCAAUUUUUAAAAAGUUGGAAAUCGUAAUUUUUUUGUGUUCCAUAGGUAUCACUAAAAAAAAUUUUUACAAUCAGUAUCAUCUUUUUCAUUAUUCUGGAGUGAGGUGUUGAAUUAAAACAGUUUGAGCAUUUUUAAAACAGGUUUUUCAAUUAUUUCCUGUUUCUCAGCCGCUUUAUGAUUGUUUCAAAAUAAGAACCUAGCAUUGGACGUUCGCUCAUGACUUGAAAAUAAAUGAAGUUAUAACAGAAACCUAGAGUAGUAGAAAUUCAUAUACAACUUUUGGAGAUUUUUUCUAAAACGCGUCCGACUAGAUACGACUUGCGCCUGGUGACAUCGAAAAGUGUUAAAAAAGUUGUAGCACCACGGCUCUUCAAGUUGAAGUUCAGCUUUUCUUGAAAAUCAUUUUUUUUGAUAUCCAGAAAACCCCAACUUUUAGUUAUUUCGACUACCACUUCAUGGGCCUGAUCACCUUCGAAUACCUGCCUCUGUGGUUCGUGGCGACCAUGUUUGGAGAGAGACUUGUCGUUCGGAAAGCCCUGUCGCUCGCUUUUCUCGUCGAGGAACAGACGUUCGAAGACGUCGCCAGGGCCGAACUCCUUGAUACAGACGUUCAUCAGGAUUGA